GUUUGACAUUCUGUUUUAAAUCAAUUGUCGAAAAUUUUCUGUGGAAGAAACAAAAAGCGUUUAUUAAAAAUGAAAUUAGGUUUCGGAAUUUUAUGCCUAAUCGCAGCCGCAUUAGCUCAAGAUAUUAUUAUCACCAAUCCAAGUGAACUCUUCAGCAGUGCACAAAAAUAUCAAAAUUAUACGAAUGUAAUGCAAUCCGAAAUAUUUGAGUUGAUUACGGAAUUGCGACUUUCAUUGUCGGCUACAAUGAAAAAGACAGCAACUUCUACUUUAUCAGAUAUUGAGACAGACAUAACAACAGUUUUUGAUAUAGUUAAUCCACUCCGUACUUUAAUAUUUAUUACCAACAGCUAUAAUUCGUAUUGUUUAGUAAUGAUGAGAAAUCAUUUGCUUGGCUUCAUGGACUUUAGUGGAUUCAGGUCUGGAAUUUGUCUCUAUCCUUACGACAGAGCAGUAAAUAAACUCCUUAAUGAAACACUCAACCAACUUGUAAUUUAUGAUGAAGAAAUUUCUGCAUUUGAAUUAAGCGUAAUUGAAGCCUUUGCUGGAAAAAAUGUUUGGAUACAAUUUGAGGCCAUUGAAAAUAAGUUUUUAGACAGUUUCAACAAAUUCAAAGACAUGUAUUAUGAUCUUAAGAACAAAAUUGCUGACUUUUCAUCAGACCUAGAAGAAAAGAUUACGGAACUCUCAGAUGUUUUAAAUGCUUGCUACAAAGAAAGCCAUGAUAAUUUGAAUGGACUUUUAUUGGCUAUAGAUGCUGAUGUCCAAUUAUGUAUUGCUCACGAAAAUUGGGAUUAAAAAUUGAUUUUAUUUGAUGCUCAUAAAACAAUAAACUGUAGAUACGAAAUAAUAUUGGGGAUUCCCUAUCAAAAAUUUAAUUGAAUUCACUUUUAAAUUUAUGAUAUUUUUCAGCAAAAAAAAAAUUGAAG